AUGUACCCUGACAAGCAACCCAGUGAUGCCUCUGGCGCUGCCAACUUGUUUGGGAAUCUCCCUCCCGGUGUGCCUGGAGCAGGAGCAGCCUGGACUGGUAAUGACACACAAGCUGGAACAACAGCACAAGUCCCAAAUGCCGCAGAUGCACCUGAACCAACCGAUCACUUUUUCGAUGCUACUUCCAUGAGCUUAAAUCAUGCUGCCCAGGCCCUGGACGCAAAUCAUGCUGCCAUGUCGACGGAGAACCUCUCCAUGGGAAACGGAGCUGGUCAUCAAGCCGACAACUUUGAGCAUAUCACCCACCCUAAUCACUUUGAUUAUAUCCCGGAGUCUAACAACUUCGAACUCCCGGAGUCUAACCACUUCCAACUUCCGCACUCUAACAACCUCGACCUUCCGCGCCCUAACAUUUCCGACCUCCCGCACCCUGACAAAUUCCUGUGGCUGUUAGACUACAACGGCGACGACGAGCCUAUCGUGGACGAUAAAGACUUCAAGCUCCCGCACCCUGACGAAUUCGAGCGCGCCCUGCUUGAAGAUCUUGGGGAACUCCCGGAAGAUGUAGGCUCUGCUUUCCCGGCCCAGCAGCAACUCGAUGAGCAGCCCCAGCAGCUGCUUCAACCCAAUGUCCAGCAACAGCAGCCGCAACCCAAUGUCCAGCAACAGCAGCCGCAACCCAAUGUCCAGCAACAGCAGCCGCAAUCGAUUUUGGAUAAGAAAAUCAAGCUCCUCAAGGAUUUAACUGAGCUACUGGAAACUCGACACACUGUAUCUCCCGCUCAACUUGAGGAGAGUAUAAAUCAGCUGCUGGGAUCUCAACAAAGUGCAUCUCCCGCUCCAUUUCAGGAGAAUUCAACUCAGCUUUUGGAACCUCAACAAAGUGCAUCUCCCGCUCAACUUCAGCAGAGUGCACUGCCUGCUAUGGCUCAACCUAUCCAGCAGCAGCAGCAGCAAUCUAGGGCAAGCCUUUCCCCCCAACGACUACCCGAUCUUGACGCCAUGCUUGAAAAAUUCUCCAUAAUCACAGACAAUUUCAAAGAGGUUCACGCGAGGACCUGCGAAUGUGUUGGCGGCGUGAACAUGCGGGUGGCCCAAGGUUCUAGUAGGGAACAGGAGUUGGCGACGUUCCAAGUCGAUAACCAAGUGCAUCGGUGGGUCAAUCACUGGGUGAAAGAAGAUGCAAAGAAUCCCUGGGCCCCAAUCUUGAGGGACACCCCCCCAGUACCCAGCGCCAACGCCAACGCCAACGCAAAUUUCAACUUCAACGAAUUUUUGAACAGCUACAACCGGAGCUUUAGUUGGCUGUACUGGAGGGCAAUGUCUGCCUCGAGUGGCCUGAAGAGGAUCCUUCAAGGUCUACCGCAUGAGUGGAUUUUCGGAAAAGGGCCCGAUGCCGUUCCUGAAGAACUUCGUCAAGCCGUGAUUGAGUGCCACACACUCUCGCUCAACACUUUCAAUGCACUUUUGGCCUUCAUGGAGCACGAUAAAAAUCUUCUGCCAUUCAGGUUCACCUUUAAUGGGUACUUUGACGUCCUACGCGUCAUCAAUCAGACCCAGGGCCAAGGAGCACAAAAUGCCCAUCAGACCCAGGGUCAAGGAGCACAAAAUGCUAACCAGAACCAGGGCCAAGGAGCACAACCCUCCGCUGCGAUACGCUAUCUUACAGAGAAAUGCCAUGAGAGGAUUCUCGCCCAAUCCCGUUAUGUUCACAGCCUCUUGCGAGACCUCUUCCCAUACCCCGUGCUGCCAGGCCUACAGCAAGUUCAAGCCAUUACCGAUGACCAACUUCAGAUGCUGCUGCAACAACAACAAGAAGCCGCGCGAGACUACCCAAUGCUGAGGGUCUGCCCAUUUGUGACAGGACCUAAUACAAACAACGACCAGAUUAAGACGCUGGAGUUUUGUGUUUUCUACCGCCUUAAUUUCAUUCUGCAGAGACUCCCCCGGAUGUAA